CUCCCGUGUUCGUAUUUCAUGUGGAUGCAUUCUACUGUAUAACAAAUUAAGCAAGGAUGCGCAUAGCAAUUACAAAGGCGCGCGAAGCAAACCCCUAAAAAUAUCACCGUCUCUUUCACCUUCCCUAAUUCUCUUUCCACGGAUCUCUUUCUUUCUAUCUUUUGUCGCAGCAAGGAGUUCAAGAAGAAGAAGGCAGCAAGGAGCUCAGGAGAAGAAGAUGGGAAUUAGCUUGGGGUCGGUAAGUCCGAGAAGCAGGCGGUUGCCAGAAUGGAACAUCACCGCCACAACAUCCGCCGACGCCACCUAGACAGUCGAUUUUCUUUCGAAUUCGUAUCUCUUUCUCCAUCCACACUAAUCUCCAUCAUCUUCUCAUUUCUUCCAAUCAGUUUCGCUGACCCCAUCCGUUUGAGCCUUGCUCGUGUCUUUCUUCUCUUCUUUCCUCUUCGCCCUUGCCUCUCCUUCUUCAAACUCCAGGGCAAUACCUAAAUCUAUUCAAUUUAUUCAGAGAAAAUCGUCCAACUUCGUGAAUCAAAAGGAGAAACUGUCAAUUUCACAUGAACUCGAUGGAUAUCAAUUUUGCACCCUUCAGGAAACUUUAUAGGUAAUAUGUUUUCUUCAAUUCUGCUUUUUAUAAGUGUAUGUUCUCUUAUCUGCCUCUUCAUUUCUUGGUGUUCUUUUCUCUGUUGUUUUUCAUUUCUUGCUUCCAUUCAUUGCCUAAAUCUCACCCCUAUUUUGUCAAAUGUCAAGAACUACAUAAACAUUUAUACUCCUGGUUUUAUUUUCUCCUACAUUUACUGGACAAGUGCUCCCAGCUUCCCAUAAUUAGAUCUGCCCUCUAUUUGCAUCUUGUGUAAUAAUGUAGAACCCAUGUUGAUUCAUCUUUUGCACUCAUGCCCAUUUUCCCAGAGAAUAUGGAUACACUUUUAGAAUUUAGUUGUCCACAUUCCUUUUUUACGCAUUGCUGUAUUAACCGGUGGUUGGCAGCUAAUUUUUCUUCAUUGGAUGAACAGUACAUAUCUGUUCUCCUGGUCCUAUUACUAUUUUCCAAGGGAAGUAAAUCAAGCAGCUGAUAGCAUCAAUAGAUGGCCUCCUUUUUAUGAUGGCCUAAAGUCAAUACAUUAUGCUUUGUGGAUUCACUUCAAUUUAAUAUCUAAUAUUAUCCAUAUUAAAACAUGUGUGAUAUGCGCAUCAUGUCACACUUUCAUUUGCUAAGAUCAAAUUGCAGCCUUGCAGGUAGUCAGCAAAAAAGAUUGCUUUAUUUUUAAUCAUCACAGUUUUUAGGACGGAUGAGAUUCAUGAUUUGAUAGAUACUUUGCUACAAUUGUUACAUGCACAAUUCCAGUUGGACUUAUAUUUUCAGCAGCAUUAGACACGAUCAGAGUAGCUGCUCUAAAGAUGACUAAAGCACUCAACUAAGGUAAUAUUUUAAUGUUUUGUUUAGUCUUUGAUUCCAUUGGCAUUGCCUUUUAUUUUUAUAUACUUUCCGCUUUAAAUUUUCACUCUAAUCUUAGAGAAUCACACAUCACUUCCAUGCUUCUGUUUUAUAUUUUUUCAUUUAUUUUUCCUGUUAUGAAUAACAAACCUAAAAAAUUGCCUACCUUCAUAUUUCAUGGCAAUACUAAUCUCAGAUGUAUUAGUAAAAAGCUCCAAAAACUAAUUAGCAUUGCAAGUUUUAUGUUAAUUUAGUUGUUGGGAUCGAAAUGGUAUAUGCAGUUUUGGAUACUAAAAAGGAUCCAAAUAUAUUUGGCAUAAAAAACUGCAGAUUUGUUUGUGCAAAGGUGAUGUUAUUUUUACAUUUUUUCUUUUUGACUAUUUGUUUCUGUCCAUCUUUCUAGCAUACCUCUUAUUACACAACUUUUGAUGAUUUAGAUUUCAAUGUUUUUUGUGUAUAAAACAUUUUUCAUUUUGGCAAAAAAUCUUAUGGAUAGAAAUAUGGAACACUAUAAUGUCAUCGUUUAGUGUUAAGCUGCACAGCUUUGGUUGCGGGCUUUGGUGAUGGAAAGUGCAGCAGGAAAGGGAGAAGAGCAUAUUCAGCAACUUUGGUGAGAGGCUUGACAAAAGAGGGAUAAUUUUGUAACUGAUGUGUUUCUUAGGGAGCUUUGUUUACAUUUGGCUGGUAGCAUUUUUAGGCCAUCUUUUCCUAUAAAAAAAUAUCUCUUCAAAGUGAUCUAUGAUAUUAGACCAUAGUAAUGUCAAGAAAAGCAAAUGCAGUUUAUUUCUCUUUAAUUCUAGUUAUACUUAUAAUGUGUGAAAUAAGUUGAUAAUUGUAUAUAUCACAGUCAAACAACUCUAAUUUUAUUCUUCAAAUCGAAUACAUAAUUAUUUGUAUUGUAUUUGAAAGACAUUUGAACAAAAAAAUUGAUUUGUAUUCGUAUUUA